UGGAUUUGCUAGAUUCGGGCUCAUCUCUGAAUGACUCCACAAAGAAAUAAUAAACACGAUCAUGCACAAACGUGUAGCAUCUCACAACGACAAGCAGGUUCCACGUCGAUAGUAUCGUUCGCGAAGUGAACUUGAGUAGAUGGUGGUUUUCCGAAGUAAAACGGUGCGACAAAUUUCAAAGCAUGCAAGUGCGCGUCUGUGUUUUAAUUUUAAUUAUUUUGUUUGCCAUCAACGACACUUACCAACAAGAUCCCCUACAAUGUGGAUUACCGCAGAUCAGCAGAACCGAACUGAUAGUGAAGGGUGAUGAUACCGCACCGGGAUCGUGGCCCUGGCAUGUGGCUUUAUACCACAGGAAGGGUCGAUCAGACAGCUACGCAUGUGGUGGAACGCUUAUCAGCGAGCAGUUUGUGCUAACGGCAGCGCACUGUGUUCUUCAUCAAGGGAACCGACACCAGUUGGCCAAUAAUAGGAUUUUCGUUCGGCUAGGAGUACAUGAUUUGAAUAUUCUGAAUACCCAAACCUUGCAGCAACAUGAGAUCUAUAAAAUUUAUAAAUCAGAUAAUUUUACGGGACUGGACUUCAAUUAUGACAUUGCCAUACUUGAACUCACCACAUUGGCCAAAUUCAACGAUUAUGUGCAACCGGCUUGUAUUAGCAUCUCGGAUAGUCUCACCGGACAGUUCGGAACGGUGGUGGGCUGGGGAAUUACGGAAGAUGAUGUGACUUCACCGAUUUUAAAAAGCGCAAGAAUGCCGGUCGUCGACAGUAUAACUUGUCUCGAAAGUAAUCGAGCCGUAUUUGGGGCAACUUUGAACAACGGCAUUUUUUGCGCCGGAUAUACGAACGGUACCAGUGUGUGUAACGGCGACAGUGGCGGAGGAAUUUUUUUCCAAGUGGGUAACCUCUGGUACUUGGGUGGCAUUGUGUCCUACGCGCAAAAACGGUCUGACAACAGUAAUCUGUGCGAAACUAUGAGCUAUGGAGCCUUCACAAAUGUACGCGCUUAUCUGACUUGGAUUUCUUCGAUAACUAAACUUGUUUUCCAUACAAACAACGACGUGCUGACAGCGGAUGACUUACGUCCCGAUUUUGGGCGGUGCGAACCAAGAGACGUGGACCCAUCAUUAACCUACCCGAACCUACUGCCCCGGAACUGUGGAAUUUAUAACACCAAUCGGAUUAUUCAGGGCCAGAAAACGAACGUUUUUGAGUUUGCGUGGAUGGCAAUAAUUAGAUACAAUUUGGAUCAGGACUAUGAGCUAGACAACUUAUGCACAGGAACUCUCAUCAGUAGACGUUACGUUCUGACAGCAGCCCAUUGCGUGAGGUCUAGUAAAGCACCCAAAAAAGUGAGAUUAGGAGAACAUACAAUUGGGCAAGACAGAGAUUGCAAUGGCUUAGGUGACGACAGUGACUGCGCUCCGCCUGUCCGUGACUACGGGAUCGAAUGCAUCAUCAGACAUCCAAGCUACAGCCCGCGCCAAAGAUUGCACAACAUUGCUCUGAUUAGGCUCGAUAGGGAAGUUCAACUCGAUGAUCAUAUCCACCCGAUUUGUUUACCGGUUACGGAAGAUUUAAUGCAGCUCAAGCCUGAAAAAUACAUCAUUACCGGAUGGGGCAACACGGAGCACGGUCUGCCAUCUAAGGUUUUGCUGAAAACGGUGGUCCGGUUAGCUAACCGAUCCACCUGCCAAAACUGGAUGAAUAUCGCUGGAUGGAAGUUGGAUCCGAGCCAGCUUUGCGUGGGUGAAAUGGAUGGCGCCGAUUCAUGCCGAGGGGAUGGCGGUGGACCAUUAGGCUUCAGUGUCCGCUACAAUGGGCUGCGUUUUGUGCAGUUUGGAGUUGUCUCGUUUGGGUCCGGGUGCGGUGCUGUUCCGUCGAUCUACACCAACGUGGCGCACUAUAUGCCGUGGAUACGGGCAAAUAUGAAGACUUGAGAUUAAAAAAUGGAGGUUUAGGCCAACUUCACGUAUUUUUAGUGUCAAUAUCAUGUGCGAAUUAUAAGCUACAACGUGAUCAAUGAGUUCAGAUACACUUUCAAAAAUGGAUAAAAAAUGCAAACAAAUACCAAUAGAGAGAGUCUUGCGGGUUUCUUCCAAAGUACUGCACAGUGAUUUCGUGGAAGUGUUACAGUAUGUUAAGCUCCAUAUUUAGAUUAUUUUGUAUGAUUAAUCCCCCUAAAAGUGAGAUGCAAAUUUUCUUGCCUCCGACUCUGAAGUGAGGUCUCCAAAAAAGUUGUAGAAUAAGUUGCUACCAAAAAUUGUACAAAACUCCAGAUUACACAGCUGGUAUGGUUUUUGAAUACAUUGGAAGGUGGUUAAGCUAAAAUGAAGGGGAGAUAUUUCGAAUCAUAAGCUGUAGUUAAUCAUCACAAACAGUAUGUACUUCCAAAAAAUAUCAUGAGACAGUUGAUUCAUAAAAUCUUUGGUAUUAUAUUACACUUUGAAAGUUUAUUCGACCUUGUUGAUCACGAUGUCCAGGAGGCGAAUUGGGUGGGAAUUAUUAGGAGAACGAAAUGUUGCGGUGAGAGUAUGACCAAUGAUGCUGAGGUCGUGGUAAUAUUAGUGAGAUGUUGAAAAUGAUGAGUGAAAUUGAAUGCAGGCGAUUUUUUCAAUGUCAGAACAUUUUUUGUUUUAUCAAAACGUCCAGUAAAUAGAAGGAAAGCUGUGAGAAGAAAAUAAAAAUUGGGGAUAACGUAGAAACGAAA